UCGAGUUGGAGCGAGUCUAUGUUAAAUCGGCAAUGCUAAUGUCCCGGUCCUAGGGUUGACCAAAAAGUGCUAAGCUAGUAAGCUUGCGUGUUUAUAAAUGUGCGUUCUUUAUUGAAAUUGCACUUUUGCGGACUAGGUUCACAUAAACUAUUAAAGGGAUAAAAAACGACAUUUUUAAAGUGUGCUCAGUGUUUUGAAAACCGGCGUACACAGGUGUCGACGGUGAAUCAUUGUUGUGAGGAUGGCGUCGAAGGGAAAGUUAGCUACUGAGCAUGGCCGCUCAGAUUCAUACAGGGUCGCAACAUUACCCAACAUUCGCGAUGACAACAAAACUGCCGAUGGAAUGUACAAGUCGCGGCGAAAGACCCCGAAAAAGAAGGGGGAUAAUUUGGACGACUUGAAACAGGAAUUGGACAUCGACUUCCACAAAAUCACUCCCGAGGAGUUAUACCAGAGAUUUCAGACACACCCCGAAAACGGUCUUAGCCAUGCAAAAGCGAAGGAAAAUCUGGAACGGGACGGACCCAAUGCCCUCACGCCACCUAAGCAGACGCCUGAAUGGGUCAAGUUUUGCAAGAAUCUCUUCGGAGGUUUUGCUCUGCUUCUAUGGAUUGGAGCGAUCCUUUGUUUCAUCGCGUACUCGAUCCAGGCCUCGACAAGUGAGGACCCAAAUGAUGACAACCUUUACUUGGGUGUCGUUCUUGCAGCCGUCGUAAUAGUAACGGGUAUCUUCUCGUAUUAUCAGGAGAGUAAGUCCAGUAAGAUCAUGGAGUCCUUCAAGAAUAUGGUUCCACAAUUCGCCACAGUAAUUAGGGAAGGCGAGAAGCUGACUUUAAGGGCAGAAGAUAUUGUACUGGGUGAUGUCGUCGAGGUCAAGUUCGGUGACAGGAUCCCAGCCGACAUUAGAGUCAUCGAAUCUCGAAGCUUCAAGGUAGACAAUAGUUCCUUGACAGGGGAGUCGGAACCACAAUCGAGAUCGCCGGAAUUCACGCAUGAGAAUCCGUUGGAGACGAAAAACCUGGCGUUCUUCUCGACGAACGCAGUCGAAGGUACCGCCAAAGGAGUCGUUAUCUGCUGUGGCGAUCAGACGGUCAUGGGAAGGAUUGCUGGCCUUGCAUCCGGUCUUGAUACGGGAGAUACUCCGAUUGCCAAGGAAAUCCAUCACUUUAUUCACUUGAUUACCGGUGUAGCAGUAUUCCUUGGUGUUACCUUUUUCGUUAUAGCCUUUAUUUUGGGUUAUCAUUGGCUCGACGCCGUCAUCUUCCUGAUCGGCAUUAUUGUGGCUAACGUGCCUGAGGGCUUACUGGCUACCGUCACGGUAUGUCUAACCCUCACUGCCAAGCGAAUGGCGUCAAAGAAUUGCCUCGUAAAGAACCUUGAAGCUGUCGAGACUUUAGGUUCGACAUCAACCAUCUGCUCAGAUAAGACAGGCACACUAACCCAAAACAGAAUGACUGUCGCUCACAUGUGGUUUGACAAUCAAAUCAUCGAAGCUGAUACUACAGAAGAUCAAUCUGGAGUGCAAUAUGACAGGACAAGCCCUGGAUUUAAGGCUUUGGCUAAGAUCGCUACGCUUUGUAAUCGAGCUGAGUUCAAACCUGGACAAGAUGGUAUUCCCAUUCUCAAAAAAGAAGUUAAUGGUGACGCAUCCGAAGCGGCUCUACUUAAAUGUAUGGAGCUUGCCCUCGGCGAUGUCAUGGGAAUCCGCAAACGCAACAAGAAAGUCUGCGAAGUACCGUUCAACUCAACGAACAAGUAUCAGGUAUCCGUCCAUGAACCAGAAGACCAAAACGACCCUCGUCAUUUGUUGGUCAUGAAGGGUGCACCAGAGAGGAUUUUAGAUCGCUGUACGACUAUCUUUAUCAACGGCAAGGAGAAAGUUCUUGAUGAGGAGAUGAAAGAAGCAUUCAACAAUGCUUACCUUGAACUUGGCGGACUUGGUGAGCGUGUACUUGGUUUUUGUGACUUCAUUCUACCGAGCGACAAAUUUCCACUUGGUUUCAAGUUCAAUUCUGACGACCCCAACUUCCCCACGGAAGGACUCCGCUUUGUCGGACUUAUGUCUAUGAUUGACCCUCCCAGGGCUGCGGUGCCUGAUGCGGUAGCGAAAUGCCGUUCGGCCGGCAUCAAGGUCAUUAUGGUUACUGGUGACCAUCCAAUCACUGCCAAAGCCAUUGCCAAAUCCGUCGGCAUCAUCUCUGAAGGUAACGAAACAGUUGAGGACAUAGCCCAACGGUUGAAUAUUCCCGUGUCUGAAGUGAACCCUCGUGAGGCUAAGGCCGCGGUGGUCCACGGAACUGAACUUAGAGAACUGGGCACCGACGCAAUGGACGAGAUUCUCAAGUACCACACGGAAAUUGUGUUCGCCCGUACCUCGCCGCAGCAGAAGCUUAUCAUUGUUGAAGGCUGUCAACGAAUGGGUGCCAUCGUUGCUGUAACAGGUGAUGGUGUGAAUGACUCGCCUGCCCUGAAAAAAGCGGACAUUGGUGUUGCCAUGGGUAUCGCUGGCUCGGACGUCUCCAAGCAAGCGGCCGACAUGAUAUUAUUGGACGACAACUUUGCUUCAAUCGUCACUGGAGUCGAAGAGGGCCGACUGAUCUUUGACAAUCUGAAAAAGUCCAUCGCCUAUACGCUGACUUCAAACAUCCCCGAGAUCUCGCCUUUCCUGGCUUUCAUCCUAUGUGACAUUCCAUUGCCACUCGGUACUGUUACGAUUCUUUGCAUCGAUUUGGGAACAGACAUGGUACCGGCCAUCUCACUAGCCUACGAGGCACCGGAGUCGGACAUUAUGAAACGACAGCCACGCGAUCCUUACACGGACAAUCUUGUCAACCGAAGACUUAUCUCCAUGGCGUAUGGGCAGAUUGGUAUGAUCCAAGCAGCAGCCGGUUUCUUCGUAUACUUCGUCAUCAUGGCUGAAAACGGUUUUCUGCCCGCAACUCUCUUUGGUAUCCGAAAGCAGUGGGAUUCUAAGGCUAUCAACGACCUUACAGACAGCUAUGGUCAAGAAUGGACAUACCGAGACCGCAAAACACUGGAAUUCACCUGCCAUACGGCUUUCUUCGUAUCUAUUGUGAUAGUGCAGUGGGCUGAUUUGAUCGUAUGCAAAACAAGACGGAACUCCAUCAUUCAUCAGGGAAUGAGAAAUUGGGCUCUCAACUUUGGAUUGAUUUUCGAAACAGCGCUUGCUGCUUUUCUAAGUUAUACACCCGGCAUGGACAAGGGUCUUCGAAUGUUUCCACUAAAGUUUGUUUGGUGGUUGCCAGCCAUUCCAUUCAUGAUCUCCAUUUUCAUCUAUGAUGAAGUAAGAAGAUUCUACAUUCGCCGAAAUCCCGGCGGUUGGUUAGAACAAGAAACUUAUUAUUAGAUGCUGCGUUGCUACGAGAUAGUGAAGAAGCAGCGAAAGAAAAGAGAAUGCAUACCCACGCAGAAACACCCAAGACGAAUUCACUCACGAACUGACAAAGAAUAAUAAUUCACAGAUGAAAACAAAUAUAUUUACAAGAUUUAGACAAGGCGUGCUACUGUAUCUUUUAUCAUCUCGAGAUAGGCUUGCCGACAUUGAUCAUUAUAAUAGCCGAUUGGCUUGCUUUAUUAUUUUCACAUCGAGCAAACUGUUGACUACGACGAAGAUGUUACCAGGAGUGUUCUACGUGGGCAACGUUAGAGCGUUGUUGCUAACAGUAUCACUUGUUAUUUCGGCUCUACUUGCUUGGAGUCAAAAAUCCUUGAGCAAGAAGGACAUUGAAACCAUUUACUCAUCUUAAAUCAAACGUCCACAUUAUAAGGGCCGGAAUUUCGACUCAAUGAGUAAAUGAUUGUUUGGGGUAAAAUGCAAGAAAGGCCUAAAAGAAUCUGGAGAAACAAAGAACGUAUUGAUUACAAAGACGAAGAUGCGAGUCAGCAGAGAAAACAAAUUCAAGACGAUAGCCCGAAUGUCUUGUGAUAUCGAGAAGCUGCAUCUCAACUUUCUCUCUCAUCACUAGUCAAAGGAUCACGCGCCCUAGUUGCUGCAGAUUAACGAAAGAAUCUAGGACCCAAAAUACUGAACAAAUUCGGUGAAUAGUAGACUCUGCGAAUAGAGUCUGACCUUUGCCGAAGCGAAAAAAAACUUGUAUGUCUCGUAAUGCCAUGAGUCUUCAUAGAAGUCUGUAAAUUACUAUCUAACGAAGAAACCACCAUAGUAGAUUGGCACACUCUAGUUGAAGAGAGAAAAAGAAGUUAUAAUUAAAUAAAUAAUGUAAUAUUUAAAACAAAAACGCGUUCGCAAUAUUCAUUAUUAUUGUAAACGAAAUAAUAUCGUUCGGUUUCAAUCUUAUUCCGAGUAGUUACGAACAGAUUGUGUAUAAUCAGUAGUUUAAAUCUUGGACAGCAAAAACCCACAGAACGCGAGGCAUUCAGUGAAAACGAGACAAAUAGUAUAAAUAUUAGAAAAAAUCAGUAUCAGCUACAGUAAGUUUUGAAAUAACUGAAACGCGGACAACGCGUUAUUCGUAGGGUCAAAUUAAAUCACGACAAAAAAAACUGGGAAAGGGUGGGAGGGAAAAGGGGAAAAUGUUAUUGAUUCAUCCGUAAUAAAAUAUAACAUAAAUAAAGAGAGAAAGGAACAGGAAGAUUAGGAUGUUUCUAGAUGGAGAGAGUGGGAAAAAUAGAUAUACAUUCUUACGUAGGUGAUAUAAAAAAAAAAGAAAAAACAGCAAAGAUAAAAACAUUCAUUCUGUUAGUUUUUCAUAGGUUGUAAAGCGCCAGUGGGAUAACCACGCUACACAAAAAUCAGUCUACCCCGAAUCGCCGAACGCCCUGUUCUCAACCCACGGUAUCAUAUCGAAUAACGCGCUUUACAAAGGUAGCUUAAAUACCUGCCAUGCAAUUUUUAUUACCGGAGCCAUACCGGGGCCAGUAAAAACUACAUUGCAAAUCUUUCAUCGUAAACCGGACUUUCAGCCGUAGUUUAUCGCUGUUUUUGGUUCGAUCAUGCCAUUACCCGGGUGACCUGGGGUUGAAAUCCGUUUUCAGAAUCGAGUCUCACAUACAUGUAUAUGUAACAUAUUCACAUGCUCACGUCUCGGCCCGGUAACUCUGGCCCGAAACCUACCUAAAGUGUUCAUACAAUCGAGGCGUUCUCAAAAUGUCGUACACGCGUUAUAAAAUGCACAUUCUUCCGUUGUCAGUUUCCCUAUAAACACGAGAGAAACGAGGAAACGAGUUAGCAGAAGAACAAGGCGUGAGCUCCUCAAUGCUUCCGAUUAUUUUCUUCUUCUUUCCGGAGAGGGGUUGUGCGAACCUCACAUUGGCAAGAGAAAAAAAACGGACAAUGCUGCGGAACCCUUAGUGCAUGCGCUAAAUGCAGAGAUUAACAAAUCUAAAGGGCCUGUAAUAAAUGAGCUUAUUUUAACAAUACUUGAUGCAGACAACGUACUUACUCCGAUUUUACUCCAGUACUUGUACUGUACAGUAUAUACGCAAAAGUAAAUUAAUAUGUUUGUGCGUCGUUAACAGAAUUGUGUAUUUUAAAAAAAUUGAGUUUAUCUCGUAUUGAGGACCAUGUCAUACUUUCCCAAUUAGUACCUUGCACACAUUUUUUGUUUGCAAAAUCCUCUCCACACGAAAUUUGAAAUUUGAAUUGAUGAAUAGAAAUGUACUGAGGAAGGUUUAUCAAAUAUACAAUUUUUAGAAUUACAAGAUUGUUUCCUAAAAAUAUAUAUUCUGUCAAAUAUAUAUUCUGUCAUUUUAACAAUUUUUUUACCAUAUAAACCUUCCUCAGUGCCUUUUAUUUUAUUACUCAAAUUCUCAACUCGAUAUCACAUUUCGUGUGGACAGGAGGUUGGCAAAAAAAUGUCUGUGAGGUAAUAAUUGGGUAAGUAUGACAUGGCCUUAAGUGUUGAAUGAAAUUAAGUCCCGGCAUUAAAUAAUGUAAACGCUAGCGAGAAAGAUUAAGAAUCCACGGUUGUCGACAGGGUGUUCCGUGUCGGGUGACGUAGGAGCCCAAAUAAAAUGCUUUGCCAUCGUGCGCCGCCUCUCAUUUUAGACUAAUAAUUUAAAUAAUAAUAAUAUAAUAAUUAUUACAAUGAUAAUAUAAUACAUGUUAAAUUAAGAUAUUAUUAGAUGUAAUUAUUAUACAUGGUUUAGUUUAGCUCGUGUUGUUGAAGAAAAAAAACAAACUAAGUAUAAGAAAAAAAAAAUAAUAUGACAAUGAAGAAGGUGCGAGAAUAUCUCGGUCUAAGACCAGAAAAUCUGUGGCGAACUGAACAGGUUGAGACGUACUUUUAUUAAUUUUUUUUUUUUAAUCACGUCCACGUAAUUAUGUUUCUUAUUAUUCUUCGUUGACUGGUAUUGUUCAACUUUUUUUCUACAUUAUAUUAUUUUUGCAUUUUAUAGAUUCAGUUUGCAGAACAGAAGGUUUUUUUUCUGCGAAGGGCGGACCAGCGCGAAAAAGUAUGAGUGAGAAAGGAAGCGUGAAUGUCUGAACAAAAGGCAUGAGCACGAGGUCAUUCAAAUUAAGAAAAUUUGUACGAACAGAGAAAGAAACGAACCAAGAUUAUCGGUAGUAAAUUCGAAGCCGUUGCAUGUUGGCAUCAGGAAAAUUCGAAUAAAAAGAUAGAAAGUCAUGCCUGCACAGUCCGCCACACAUGAAAAAAUGAUUGAAUGAUUAUGAGAAAAAUUGAAUAAUGUUUUAUUAUAUUGUAAAUAUUUUAAAUAAUUGAAGACGAGCAGCCGGAUUAUGCGUGACUGGGGACUCGCUAGUGAGUUCUUUGUUCGACUCAUUGACGGGAGAUCACCCUCGAUGUUCGGGUCCCUACAGUUUUUGUGUUUUCAUUUAGUAGCACAUGUACUACACACCGUUACACGCGAGCAUAUUAAAUACACGGAUAACGCGGCUACACAUCCACCUAAACAUUGCUCUUAUCUACUAUCUUAUACCUUCAGAUUGAGAAUUCCUUUCAUAUGAUUAUGUGUAAGUUAUGUUUUCACGCGCGAAUACAUUAAGGAACAAACAAGAGACAUUGUCCAACCCAAGUGUCAUUACUUUUGAUGUUAAAUAAAAAAUACAUAAUUAAUACAA